ACCCUUUUCCUUUUUUUUUUUUUUACUUUUUUUUUUUGCAAAAAAUUCUUUUUCUUUCUUCAGAGAAAACAAACAGUAACGAUUAACCAAUCUAUUCCGUUCUGUUUCAGCUCUUUUCAGCUAAUCCCAAAUUCAAUUCUAUUGCUACAUUCAUUCUUUUUCUUCUAAUUCAAUAAUGGAUGAGUUCGGUGUUUUGACCGAAAGGUUCGGUCUCAAACCACAAGGAAAAUCCGCUCCAAUGGCGAGGGCUUCGACAAAGCGACCUCCAACUGUCUCGGAUUCCCAAACACGCUCCAAUCCCAAAUCCACCCUAAGCGGACCCCCAUCUCCCCAAAGUUCCUCUUUUGAUUUCAAUUUCAAUUACGGGGUUUUCAGCAACAGCAGCAGCGAUAGCAAAACGCAGCAUUUCGAUGAUGUCUUCGGCGGUAACGCCAAAUCCAAUGGCGCUUCGUUCGAUUACGAUUCCAUAUUCGCCGGAUCUAAUAAACCGGUUUCCAUGUCGUCUCAUGUGGAUGACGUAUUCGGUGGGACGCAUGCGAAGAGUGUCGGCGUUGAUGAUCUGCUAGAUAAGAUUGGUGGAUUAAAUACAAACACCAACAGUCGAAACUACAAAACACCUGAUUCUGAUGAUUUGAUCUCUGGCUUUGGUGUUUUCAAUAAUGGUGCUGGGAUGAAUAAGCCAAGUGUAACUCCGAACAAACCUGCUCCUGUGUCCCAUGAUGAUCCCUUUUUGAUAUUUGAAACCGCUUCAAGCUCGGCGUCUUCAGAAUCAUUCCUGGACUCGCUGGGGCAGAAAACUAAGUUGAAUAAUUCUAAAGGGUCAAAAGGAAGCUCCCCAAUAUUGAAGUCCCCUCCCAAGCCAAUGAGUAAAGUUAAUAAGUCAAAUGUAUCACCAAUAGAUGAGUUUGAGAGUUUUGCCAUGGGUGGGGCACGGACUAAUGCUAGUAGUAGAAAGGCCAAUGUUAACGCUGCAGAGACUAAACCAAACUCGUCAGUUAAGAUAAACAAUGGUAAAAGAGUUCCAGAUGUGAAAAAUCAGUCAAAUGCCGUGGAUGAUCUUGAAUCCAUCUUCAGCAUGAGCUCUCGAUCAAGCAGUGUGCCAAAGUCAAGGACUCCAACUAUGGAUCACGUGUACAAUAACCAGUCGAACAGCAAAGGGAAACCUGAGGUGUCACCAAGAGUUCCAUCAGGAUCCCCAGCCAGUGCGAUGAAACCUCCCACAAUGACCUCUUUUGAUGACCUGACACUGAUUUUUGGUGGCUCCCCAUCAUCUGAAUUCCAGGAGGUUGAAGGUGAAACUGAGGAAAGACGAAAAGCAAGAUUAGGACGUCAUCAGAGGACACAAGAACGAGCGUUAAAAGCAGUGGCAGAUAUGAACCAGCGUGAUAUUCAAACUAAGAUGGAACAAGAAGAGAGGCGGAGAAUUGCUGAUAGUGCGGAUGUUCAGAUAAAGCGCUGGUCUGCAGGGAAAGAAGGCAAUAUGCGGGCAUUGCUGUCAACAUUACAAUAUGUUCUUUGGCCAGAAUGUGGUUGGCAGCCAGUGUCUCUGACAGAUAUGAUAACUUCCGCUGCUGUUAAAAAAGUGUAUAGAAAAGCAACUUUAUGUAUUCACCCAGAUAAAGUCCAACAGAAAGGUGCUACCCUGGAACAAAAAUAUAUAGCAGAGAAGGUUUUUGACAUUCUUAAGGAAUCUUGGACCAAGUUCAACGCGGAAGAGCUUUCUUAGAUCCCAUCUGCAAAUGUUUUUGCAAAAAUCAAUAGAUCUGUUAGCACCUGCACUGUUCCGGUAUCGGUCUGAUAUAUUUGUUUUUAUGCCGUUGAAGAUAACUGCAUGAAUAGUGUGGCAUCAUUUGGCAGCAGAUUCAUUUUCUCUCAUGACGUUGAACGCUCUACUGUGAGUUAUGACAUCUUUGUUGUAAGUAAUAAUAAUGUUGAUGGAUUCAGAUCAAUGUACAAAUUUUAAAUGCUCUAGCUUCCCUAAAAUUCAACCACCUUGCCCAGAUUCUGAUGAGAAGGAUAUAUAUCUUAUAUUUAGGUUACUAGAUGCACAAUUGCACGCGUAAUAUUCUGUGGGAAUGAGUGAUAAUUCAAUUAUAUAUUUGUAACCCGUCUUUUGUACGAAUAGAAAAGUUUCGAUUCUAUAUUCUUUUUUCAUCUGAAUCAAUGAGAUUGCUUGUGAUUUUUUGUUUCUCU